AUGUUUGGUUCAAAGCGUCUAACGUUUUUAAUUUUGACUGCAAUACAGUUAAAAUUGAGUAGCAAUCAAGUGUUACAAUUCGGACCAUGUGGUAAAGUGCAACCUGUAAAGUUUUUUGAUCUGGAAAAAUUUCUAGGUCUGUGGUACGAAGUGGAACGUUUUCCAGCUUGGUAUGAAGAAUCCGCAAAAUGUGCAUCCAAACGUUUCCAAGCAUGCGGAAGAAGAAUUGAAAUUGAGUACGCUUUCGUCAGGGAUGCCAUUCAGUACAUUUUGCAUGUAAAUAGUACUUAUAUACCUGGAGAUGAUGCAGUUUUUACAUUUGAGAAGAAUAAUAUAGAUCCAGUAGGCAUUCCUCUCUCAGUAAUAGCAACAGAUUAUACCAAUUACGCCAUAUUAUACGGCUGCAGAAUGAAUGAACAACUAGAUAUUAAAUACAUUUCAGCUUGGAUAUUAUCAAGAAGUAAAAUCCUACCAUCUCACAUUCUGGAGACGGCGUACCGAGAGAUUAAUUCACUGUCAUACGUCAGUACCGCUUAUUUAGAACCUGUGGACCAAAAUGACAGUAAUUGCGCUCACCACUGGACAGCUCACGUACACGCUGAAGAUGCUAAAGAAGAAGAGAAAGAUGAAUUA